AGUGUUCCUGUAGUUCUGUGGGUUCUCUCAGCGGUGUGUGUAAUCAGCUGACGGGUCAGUGUGUGUGUCGCUCUAAUAUGGAGGGAUUGUCGUGCGAUCGCUGCGCUGCCGGUUACUGGAACCCCACAUCACCCAGCGGAUGCCAACCCUGCGGCUGUGACCCUGAUAAUGCCCGCAGCGCCACCUGUGACCAGCGCACCGGUCAAUGUCAAUGCCGUCCUGGGAAUGGGGGCCGGACUUGCAGUGGUUGCCCUGACAACACAUACGGAGAUCCUCUGAUUGGCUGUAGACGGUGUGACUGUGACCAGUUGGGCACUGAGGCGUGUGAUAAGCGCACAGGUGUGUGUCGCUGUAAACCGGGUGUUACCGGCCCCCGCUGUGACGCCUGCAGCCGGGGACACUGCGCCAGUUUCCCACAAUGCCCUGCAUGCCCGUCCUGCUUCUUCAGCAUGAGCUCGCAGCUGCAGGAUCUGACGGUGGAUCUGGAGCGGCUCACUAACCAGCUGCUGUGGUCCGGCGGUCAGCCCACAUCCGGCAACACCUCGCGCUGGAUCCAGACCCUCCAGCAGACGCUCACACUCAUACAGCAGAGCCUGGGGGACACACCGGAGUCAGGACGCACUGUAAAUGAUGCUCUGCAGAAACUCAACACACUCAGGUCUCAGAUGAAGACUUUGAGGGAUGAUCUGCCUUCACAACCCCUUGACCGAGAUCUGGAGCGAAGCCUGGACGAUCUGGAGAAUCUGUUAUCGUCUCUGAGACUGGACUUUUUCACCAAGAGACACGGCAUUAACGGCGGCGGCGAAUCCAUCAAUGCUAGUGCUUUCGUCGCCAUUCAGAGGUCAUUCGAUAAGUCGACAGAUGCCAUCAAGCGAGCAAACGCCACUGAAGAUACGCUGAAGAAAUCUGAAGGCAUCCGAGAAAAUGCAUUGAGUGGCUUAUACGAUGUUCAGCCUGGAAAUACCAAAGAUCUGGAGAAGCUGAAGAAGGAUCUGGCAACCCGGCCCAAUCUGACACCCACCGCCGUCAAGGUGUGUGGUGGUGAUCGUGUGGAGCCGUGUACUCCAGAGCGCUGCACAGGGGAUAUGUGUCCUCCUAAUGGAGCGCCCCCAUGUGGAGCGGAGGACAACUGCGCUGGAGCUCUUCCCAAUGCAAACAGAGCCUUUCAGGACGCGGACGAAGUGAAGGCUAAACUGCAGGAGCUCAACGAUAAAAUAACGAAAGCAGCGGCACAGAUACAGGAAGCUGAAGAUUCAGCCAAUAGGGUGAGACUUUCCACUGACAAACUAGCCAAUCAAAUCAAGCAGGCGCGAGCCGAUGUGGACGGAGACCUGAAGGACACCAAAGACUUCAUAAACACUCUGAGGGACUUUCUGUCCGACCCUCAGUCAGACCCGGAUCAGGUGCAGCGUGUGUGUGACGGCGUUCUGGAGGCUCAGUUUCCCGCCAGUGUGGAGAAUCUGAAGAAGAAGCUGAAGGAGAUUCAGGAUGCGAUGAAGUCUGUUCCUGAUAGCAGUGGAGCUCUGGAGGAUAGCAGAGCACAGCUGGAGGAGGCUAAACAACUCCUGAAGAGAGCUAUAAACACACGUGACGCAGCGUUUGGCAUCCAGCAGGACGCGGAGAGCAUUCUGAAGACCAUGGACGAAAACGAGAACAUUUUGGACGACCUGAAGGACAAAAUCAAUCAAAGCGGAACCAUUGCGGAAAACGUCAAGAAGGACAUUCAGCAGAUUGAGGAUGCUCUGACUCCCGCAGAGCAGGGGAUUGUGGGUAUCCCAGAGCUGCUGGAUGAGAUGCGCCCCCUGCUGGACUCACUCAAAACAGACUUGCCAACAGGAAAAACGCUCGCAAACGAUGCUCAAAAACAGGCGAAUUUAGCUCAAGACGAGGCCGACCGCGCCGCAGAGGAUCUGGAGGAGCUGAAGCAGGCGCUGGAGCAGAUGAAGCUGGCGGCGGCUGAAAACACUCAAGCUGGAGAAGAUUCAGUGCGUCUGCUGAACCUGCAGAAGGAGGCGGAGUCUCUGAUGACGGACACUUCUGACAUCAUCAAGGCACUGAAAGAUAAAGAGGUGUCGAUACAGCAGAGAGCGGCAGACAUCGAAGGGAACAGCACUCGUCUGCUCGGGCUGGACGCUCAGGUGGAGAAGCUCCGAGACGAUAUUCGCAAUAAAGUCACCAGACUGAACAUGUGCCAGGGCUGAGGGGAAAACCACACACACUCAACAACACACACUCAUCACAGCAAAAAUACUACUAUAGUAAUUUAUAGUAAACACUGGUGUUUUUGAACCGUACUAUAGACAAAAUACUUGUAUUAAUGCAAUGCAGUGAUUCUACUGUUGCUAUGGUGACACAACAACUAUAGUGAUUGUUCUGUUGUGGUUCGAUAGUUGCUAUAGUAACACAACAACUAUAGUACUUGAUCUGUUGUGGUGAUUCUACAGUUGCUAUGGUAACAACACCAAUAGUGAUUGUUUUAUUGUGGCGAUUCUAUAGUUGCUAUGGUAACACAACAAUAGUGAUUAUUCUGUU